AUGAUGAUAUCCUCAUUGGCCUCUGCCAUUGCUUUGACAGCUGUCGGGGCUCCCUCAGGGGCUCUGGCAGCUGAUUCCAGGACCAAUGGUAUUCCAAACGACAUCCUCGCCUCCCUAUCCAUCAUUACUACCUCUGGGCCUGUCUCGGGUAUGCCAACAGACCUGGCGAGUGCCCGAGCCGCGGUGCUGACUGCUAACCAUACCACACUCUUGCAACGUCAGGGGAGAGACCACUGCCCUGCAGGCUGCAGCAGUACCGGCGUUGAUACCAGUGCAUGGUCUUUGUACGGCAGCAUGGAUCGCCUGGAGAGAACAUGCAACAAGACCAUGCUCCUUAAAUUCGCCCUGUUCAACCAGAUUGAUGACCCCAGUACACACGUCUCAAUCUCUGCCUGCACAGCAAAUCUGGAAUCGUCUGGCAGCAGUGCGAGCUCUGAAAUUACCGCGACCUGUGUUGAGGGCGAUGUGCAGCAGACCGAGGUGACUUCACCGGUACGACUAGCAAGCUCGGGCGCCUCAUCAUCUGCGCACUUGGCAGAUAUCAGUAAUGCUCUGGGCCAGCUGCAGGGAUAUUCCGCACUGGCUGCUACUGCUUGCCACGAGACAAUCACCUAUGCCUAUACUGGCGAUGUUACUGUAGGCAUCUAUGCCGGCUCCGGUAUUGCCAACCAAGGUGCGCUCACUUCGGUCCUCGAGAAGCUCACCACGCAAGUGGAGAGCGAUGGUAGCGUUUCAGAGAUCCUGGUUGCCCAGCUGUGCGGUAAUUCCUCGGCUCGAUACUCGUUAGGUAUUAUGAUCAAUACCGCGGGUGACUUGGGCGCUGUUCAGCGAGGCAUACAGUCAUGGAAGAACGGCAGCUGCGUGGAACUUGGAACGCCUGCGGAGUGGCUGAUGGUGACCUACAUUGCCCCGUCCCUGCUGGACGUUGGCGGUAACACUUCGUCGGCCACCGCUACAGGCCGCGCCGAGUGUAGCACUGUUCAGGUUGCGGGCGGAGACACUUAUUUCACAGACUAUAACUCUGAAUCGAGUUUAUGUGCCAACCUGACGCCAGGCCAACACGUCUGCUGCGGCGUCGGAACACUCCCAAACUUCACGCCAGAACCGAGCGCCGAUGGCUACUGCUACACAUAUCUUGUCGAGACAGGCGACUCAUGUGCGUCCAUUGGGGCUGCUUACGACCUCACUAAUGCUGAGAUCGAGAGCUACAAUAGCGACACUUGGGGAUGGUACGGCUGCGAUGACCUACUGGCUGACUAUAACAUCUGUCUCAGUACUGGUUACCCGCCGCAGCCGGCAACUGUCCCCAACGCUGUCUGUGGUCCUCAGGUGAAUGAUACGGCGGCAGCACCGCCGGGGACCGACUUCAGCACCAUGAAUGAAUGUCCGUUGAAUGCAUGCUGCAACACCUGGGGUCAAUGUGGAACGACAAGCGAAUUCUGCACCAUUUCCGAGUCUUCCACAGGUGCUCCGGGUACGGCUGCUCCCGGCGAGAACGGAUGUAUAAGUAACUGCGGCACUGACAUUGUCACCUCUGAUGCACCUAGCGAGACGUACAACAUUGCCUACUUUGAAGCCUUCGACUGGCAUCGCUCCUGCUUGCGCAUGGGAGUCAAUAGCAUCGAUACCUCGGCAUACACUCAUAUUCAUUUCUCCUUCGUUACGCUGAAUGCGGACUACUCCGUCAAUGUCAGUGAUGCCUCCGAACAACUAUCACUCUUUAUUGGUAUGACAGGCAUCAAGAAGAUUAUCUCUCUUGGUGGCUGGUCCUUCUCCACUGAUCUUAGUACAUACAACAUCAUGAGGGAGGGCGUGGCUUCUGAGGCCAAUCGCCAAACCAUCAUCACUAACAACGUCAAUUUUCUGAACGAGCAUGAACUCGACGGUAUAGACUGGGACUGGGAGUACCCUGACGAGCCCGAUAUUCCCGGUAUUCCGGCUGGUAGCGAGGCCGACAGUACUGGAUACUUCUUGCUUCUAGAUGAGCUCAAGCAGCAGAUGCCAUCCGGUAAAACAGUGUCUAUCACGGCGCCUGCCUCUUAUUGGUACCUACAAUACUUUCCCAUUCAAGCCCUUAGCCUCGUCGUCGACUACAUCGUCUACAUGACCUACGAUCUUCAUGGGCAAUGGGACUACACAAACAAGUAUGGGAGUUCUGGAUGUAUCUCAUACGAUCAGGGCCUCGGCAACUGUCUACGGUCCCAUGUCAACCUCACCGAAACCAUCAAUGCCCUAUCGAUGAUCACGAAGGCUGGCGUCCCGUCCAACAUGAUUGCCGUUGGCGUCAGUAGCUACGGCCGCUCGUUCCAGAUGGAGACUGCAGGAUGCUGGACUGAGCAAUGCACCUACACAGGGCCCGACUCAGGGGCAUAUCCAGGACAGUGCACCAACACCGCGGGGUACAUCUCAAACUAUGAGAUCGAUCAGAUUCUCGCAGAGAACCCCUCGGCCCAGAGCCUCUGGGAUCAGAACUCGUAUUCCAACAUCGUGGUCUUCAACGACACGCAGUGGGUCGCCUACAUGGACGAUGCCAACAAGGAGACUCGCAAGGCUCUUUAUCCGGGCCUGAACUUCCUUGGUUCAGCGGAUUGGGCUGUAGACCUGCAGUCUGAGAAUGGCGAUGGCAAUGGGACCUCGGGCAAAUCGGACUCAUCCGCUCAGACCGUAUACAUUGACCCUGAUAUCUGGAGCUCGGCAACGCCACUAGUCAGUGGCCCUCCGGGUGCCACACUCAUCUGGCCGCCAAUGCCGCUGGGAAGUGCAACAACUAUCUCCUUCCCAUUAUGGACCACAACCAUCACGUACUCCAGUCUUACUUCACGCACGUCCACUCUGACCGAUGGUUCGACAUCGACGUAUCCGGCGUACGUUGAUGUGUCGUGGCUUACGGUGUUGACAAUACCUCCUGUCACAACAACGGCUAUUCCUGUAUGGGGUGUCACGCUUGAUACCAGCUCAAUUGGAGGCCCCAUCGUCCUAACAAGUUCCGUGCAACCACCCCCAUUUACUGUCAUCGUUACACCAGUGAUGAGCGGGACCACCUCCAUCAUUGGGGCCACCGAGACGACGACAAGCUCCGGGGCCGCCGUCAUUUGGGGCUCCCUGACCUACUCUCCGCCUGUGCAGACGGAGACGUUGGGUGGAAUUACAACUGUCAUUGGCGGCGUAACGUUGCCCCCAGCAGCUGUAGUUGUUACACCCAAUCCACACCCCACGACGACGCCGGAACCCGGUACCACGGACCCUAUUAUCAACUCCAACAAACCAUCCUGGACAUCGGCGGAUACGCCGAAACCCACUGCCAUAUCGGGCUGCCCUGGUUGCGGCGAGGUUUGUGUUCUAUUCUGUGACCCCGACUGUCCCUUCUGUCCCCCCGGUGUGUUCGGCAACGGCGGCGACGGCGAAGAUGGCGAUGAUGAUGAUGACGACGACGAUGACAGCAACGCCGCCUACACAAUCAUGUUUGACUCCAUGACCGAUGAGUCCUUCCCCACCGCCUUCCUCGAGCUCGCCGACCUCUCCUCCAUCUUCUCCCUAGACAUGUCCGCCGCCAUGACCGCCUUUGGCAGCACGACCCCCUCUACAACCUCAAAGACCACCACCAGCGCCACCACAACCUCCAAAGACCCGCACUACACCGAGCCGUACGUGAUGCAGGCCGUCGUGUGCAACAACGAGGACGACUUUCCGGACCACGGCGAUGUGAAUGCGGAUAACGUGGCCGCCGCGGCCGAGCAGUUUUGCACGAACCACGGGACUGACGAGACCAUCUCGGCGCCGACAAAUGGGGUGAUUAAUAGUCUGAGCGAUUAUAUUGUCGGGGGGGAUCAAAUUGGAUAUAAUAUCACCGUGUACUGGCCUGUCAACUGUGUUACAUCGGUGGACGUGCAAGGCGUCAUUGAUCCCCUUGGUAGUGGCAAGGAGGCACAGGAGUGCGAGGGUAUUCUUGAGAGUGCGUACACGAGCUGUAAUAACGGGGGCGUGGUCGGGGUAUAUUUUAGAGUUGAUCCGGAAGACAAUAGUUGUUAG